UGAGACAUUUUGGGUUUACAUCAAGAGGGCUAGAAUAUAAAAAAAUCAAGGUAGCAUACUUUUGUCAGAAUUGUAUCAAAACUCACAUUCUGAAGAGGCAUAUAAAUCUUCUGAUGAUGGAUGAUCAAACUGAGAAAUGUGAGAUCAUAUGGAGGACCUGAGCUGGUGGAAGCUAUUUCUUAUGGACAGAGAUUCAGAAAGAAAUGUGCACUCCUUAAUUUUUGAGGUCCAUCAUUUGGUAGUGAAAUCAGGAAACACUUUCCUCCCUCCCCAGGAAAAAAAGGCAAAUCUGGAUUCCUCACUGAAUAACAGUGGCUACUUGAUCAUUUGGAAUCGUCGAAAUGGAAUUUGACAGGAUUUUAUUUUGGGAUAUCAGAGAUAGCCCUGGGCCCUUGAGUCUUCUCACAGAACUAAAUGCCAAAGUGAAAGAAAUGUUUCACCAACUCAGACUUCGAAUACAGGAUUUGGAACAGAUGGCUAAGGAACAAGACAAAGAAUCUGAUAAGCAGAUGUUGCUUGCUGAAGUGGAGAAUCAUCACAAACAGAUGUUAAGCAACCAAACUGCUUGGCGAAAAGCAAACCUGGCCUGCAAGUUUGCCAUAGACAUUAAAGAAAAGGAUGAACUCUUUCGAAGUGGAGAUUCUUCAGUUCGACAACGAAAGAUGACAAAGGAGGGCUUAGUACAGACUGCCAGCAGCAUUACCGAGAGCUUGAUGACAAUCAGCAGGAUGAUGUCACAACAAGUACAGCAGAGCGAAGAAUCAGUGCAGACACUCGCAACAUCCUCAAGAACUGUGCAAGAUACAAAUGAAGAAUUUAAAAACAUGACAGGCACAAUUCAACUGGGUCGCAAGCUGAUCACAAAAUACAAUCGCAGAGAGAUGACUGACAAACUGCUGAUUUUCCUUGCACUGGCUUUGUUUUUGGCUACUGUUGUAUACAUUUUAAAGAAACGCCUUUUUCCUUUUUUAUAAAACUGGAACAAAAAGGCAGAAAUCAAAUGGGCAUUGAAACUGAGAAUUUUGUAAAUUUAUCUAGGUAUUAAGGAAGAUAAAAAAAGUACAAGUUCUGUAUUUGCAUUUGAAUUGAAAUGGAAGCAGAUUAAAAGACCUUUCUAAAUAAUGUUUUAAAAUGUUGAUCAAAAUUCAUAAUUGGAGGUUAAAUAGAUAUUGCAAAGUUAAGCAUUGUUUCCAAGUUUGAUUGUUAUUUGCUUCUGUGCAUUUAGCACUGCGUCUUAAGUUUAAUUCCUUUGACUCUGGUUGAACUGAGUUUUGGAAUGCUACAUAGGCUAUAUUGUACUUCUGCCAAGCCUGGCUAUCUGGAGCCCUGUGCUUUUCAUGUCUUUACCUGGGAAAUGCUGUCUAACAGAACAUAUGGUACUAUUUAUACUGUGGCAACAAUGUAAAGAUUAACAUUUGUAAAAACAAUUGUUUUGUUCAUAUCUAAUCCAAAGUGUAUGUAUAUAAUUAGGGCAGCUACAUUUGCUUGAAUUCAAAAAACAACGUACUCUGCACUUAUUCAUUGAAAUAUUACCCCAGGACUACUCAUUAAAGCUACUUUAUAAACAGAAUGUAUCAUUCAACAAUGUAUCAUCCAUGCAAAGAAACACUAAUGGUUCCUGAUGGGAACAAUUAUUUGCCUUCAUUAUGGUUCAUAUAUUAAUAUACCCUAUAAAUAUUGUCAAAAGUUAAUACUUACUACAGACCUUGGGGCCUGAUUGAAUUAUCAUUCAAUAAAAAAUGUAGUUACUGUCAUUGAGAAUGUUUGCACAUUUAAUCAUUUGAAAAAGAUUUCUUUGAAUAUAAUUAAAUUUGUACAGGUGAUUAAUUUUAUUUUGCCUGUACAUAUGGGACCUGUUGGCUAGUUCAUAAAAACUUUAGAGUAUCUAAUUCAAAAAUCAUUAUUGCAACUUGUUAA